UAUAAAAAAAAAAAAAAAAAAAAAAUCAUAUACUCCGAUUUGUUUUCUGAUUUUCUCCGGGGGAAAAAAAAAAAUGACGGCUUGUAUAAGCAGUGGCGGAGGAGGAGCAGCAGCGGCAUACAGUUUCGAGUUAGAAAAAGUAAAGUCACCACCAUCAAGCUCAACAACAACGACGAGAGCUACUUCACCAUCAUCAACAAUCUCGGAAUCAUCAAACUCACCACUAGCAAUCUCAACGAGGAAGCCAAGAACACAGAGGAAAAGACCAAACCAGACAUACAACGAAGCAGCUGCUCUUCUCUCCUCUGCUUACCCAAACAUCUUCUCCUCAAACUUGUCGACCUCUUCUAAGCAAAAAAAGACUUCCUCAAACUCUCAUCACUUGUACGGUACAACAAAUGUCAAAUCACCACUCCUCAGUGACACCGACGACUCCUCUGAUUUGCUUCUCCCUUACGAAUCAAUCGAAGAGCCUGAUUUCCUGUUUCAUCACCACCACCACCCGACGAUUCAAUCCAAGUCGGAGUUUUUCUCCUCCUCCGAGCUUAAAGAAGUCAACUCCGGCGGUGGUGGUAGUUACGUUUAUCAGAUCGAAAAACUCGAUUUUUCCGACGAGUUCGAUGCUGAAUCGAUCCUCGACGAAGAGAUCGAAGAAGGGAUCGAUAGUAUAAUGGGGACUGUGGUGGAAUCGAAUUCGAAUUUGGGGAUUUACGAAUCUAGGGUUCCGGCGAACAACCGUGGCGGUGGAAGAAGCUCUAAUCGAAUCGGAAAAUUAGAACAACAGCUCAUGAUGAUCAACUCAUGGAACCGAAGCUCCUCCAACAACGGAUUCAAACUACCGUUAGGUCUUGGCUUAAAAGGAGCUCUCAGAGAGAACCAUGACCCAAACUUGUAUAAAUUUCAUACCGUCGAUUUCGAACAGAUCUCGCCGCGGAUCCAAACUGAAACCGCGAUCGCAGUCGCAACCGUUGAUGAUGAUGAGAAAAAGUCGAUUGGAGGAGGAGAGAAGAGCAAGAAGACGACGACGAAGAAGAAGAAGAAGAUGGCGGCGUUGGUAACGGAGUCGAAGAGCUCGUCGGCGGAGGAGACUAUUACUACUACUACUACAACUACUGCGGAGGAGGAGACGACGAGGAGUUGUGAGAAGAGAACAACGACAGGUCCGUUGUUGAAGCUUGAUUACGACGGCGUUUUGGAAGCUUGGUCUGAUAAAACGUCGCCGUUUCCUGAUGACAUCCUUGGGACGGAAGCUGCUACUGGUAUCGACGUCAAUGCUAGAUUAGCUCAGAUUGAUUUGUUUGGAGACAGUGGAAUGCGAGAAGCAAGUGUUUUGAGGUACAAAGAGAAGCGUCGAACUCGUCUGUUUUCGAAGAAAAUCCGAUAUCAAGUUCGCAAACUCAAUGCUGAUCAACGUCCUCGAAUGAAGGGACGAUUCGUGAGAAGGCCCAAUGAGAGCACUCCAAGUGGACAAAGAUAACAAGGAUAAAAGAGCCUAAAGAUUCAGAGUCCUUCUAUCUAUCUUUUCUCUUUUUCUAAUGUUUAUUCAUUUUUAGUUUUUGUAUUAAAAAAUUUUGCACCCUCCUUUUUUUUGGUCUUAAUUUUAUGGUCCCCUUGGUUU